UUUGGGGGGGUGGGGGGUUCUUUUUUUUUUUGAUGGCUUGUCCUGGAAACACCUCAAACUCGGCUCCUGUGUCCAGCUCGCUUCUCUGCUGGACUCCUUGAUAUUUAUAUAUAUAUAUAUAUUUUUUUUAAUCAUUGUUUUAUUUUGAGCAGUAACCAGGCUUUUUUUUCCAGAUGUUAGUCCACACCUAUUCAUCCAUGGACCGUCACGAUGGCGUCCCCAGCCACAGCUCACGGCUGUCCCAGCUGGGCUCGGUGUCUCAAGGACCCUACUCAAGCGCCCCACCGCUGUCCCACACCCCGUCGUCGGACUUCCAGCCGCCCUACUUCCCGCCUCCCUACCAGCCGCUCCCCUACCACCAGAGCCAGGACCCCUACUCCCAUGUCAACGACCCCUACUCCCUGAACCCGCUGCACCAGCCCCAACAGCACCCCUGGGGGCAACGGCAGCGGCAAGAAGUGGGUUCUGAAGCCGGCUCUCUCCUGCCACAACCUCGGGCCGCUCUGCCCCAGCUCUCAGGCCUCGACCCCCGGAGGGACUACCACUCGGUGCGCCGGCCCGACGUGCUGCUGCACUCGGCGCACCACGGCCUCGACGCGGGCAUGGGGGACAGCCUGUCGCUGCACGGCCUCGGCCACCCGGGCAUGGAAGAUGUUCAGUCAGUUGAAGAUGCCAAUAACAGCGGCAUGAAUCUAUUGGACCAGUCUGUCAUUAAGAAAGUUCCAGUUCCUCCCAAAUCUGUGACUUCUCUGAUGAUGAAUAAAGAUGGCUUCCUGGGAGGGAUGUCCGUCAACACGGGCGAGGUGUUUUGCUCAGUCCCGGGCCGCUUGUCUCUACUUAGUUCGACUUCAAAGUACAAAGUCACUGUGGGGGAAGUUCAGAGACGGCUCUCGCCCCCCGAAUGCCUCAAUGCGUCUCUCCUCGGCGGCGUCCUCAGAAGAGCCAAAUCGAAAAAUGGGGGGAGAUCUUUGCGAGAAAGGCUAGAAAAAAUCGGUUUGAAUUUACCCGCGGGCAGGCGCAAAGCGGCAAAUGUCACGUUACUCACCUCCCUGGUGGAAGGGGAAGCUGUCCACUUAGCUCGGGAUUUUGGAUACAUUUGCGAAACGGAGUUUCCUGCCAAAGCUGUUUCGGAGUAUUUAAACCGGCAGCACACGGACCCCAGCGACCUGCACUCUCGAAAGAAUAUGCUGUUGGCCACCAAGCAACUUUGUAAAGAAUUUACAGAUCUGUUGGCACAGGACCGGACACCAAUCGGGAACAGCCGGCCCAGCCCCAUCCUGGAGCCUGGGAUCCAAAGCUGCCUCACGCACUUCAGCCUCAUCACGCACGGCUUCGGCGCGCCGGCCAUUUGCGCCGCGCUCACGGCCCUGCAGAACUAUCUCACUGAGGCCCUCAAAGGCAUGGACAAGAUGUUCUUGAACACCACCGCCACUAACAGGCACACGUCUGGGGAAGGCCCAGCUUUGCCCGCAUGGUUUAUGAGCUUCUUCAAAGAGGACUUGGGCUUCCUACACAAUCUAUAAGGUACAGAGAAAAAAAAAUCCCUUUUUAAUCAAAGCCUAUGUGUCAGAAUUCCGCAGGUGCACUUCUUUAAAGAAGCUCAAAGGAAAUAAUUAAGAAAGUGGCCAAUAAGAGAUGGAAGGAACUUUUAAUCUAGUUGCUAAAAGACACCCUCAAUAUCCGAAUUUAGGUAGGGUGGGGGAGGCGCUGCAGAGUGAAUUUGGAGGGAGAAGAGUAAAGGGUUCUUGGAUCCCACUGUUCUAAUAGUGUUGUCCUGCCUUUAAGAUGGAUUCCAUUUCCGCCGUCCCUCUGAUGAAGGCUGUUUUCACAGAGCAAAGGAACAGCUUUGGGAGUGGGCAGGAGGAGUAGGGUGAUGCAGGCCCCCGUGUUUCUGCAAUAAUUGCUUUCUUACAAGACGCUUUAUGAAUGAGCUCCCCCUCCCCCGUGCACUUGUUUUGGCAUAUAAUGGUAAAAUAAUGCAAAGUGAAAGAGAUGUAUUUCAACUAUGAAUUUUGCCGUCUGGAUGCAAUGGGACUAUUCCCAGUGGAUAAAGUUUCAUGCAUUUAAUAUCUCUCACUUCUGGCAGCCUGGCUCCUUUGACUGGCUCCCUCUGAGCAUUAUUAUGAAAUAAGAUCCGGAGUCCCCCCUUCCCGCCCCUUCUCCCCGCAAUAGGCAUUGGGAAACCACCCGGUCAGAAAGGUGGGAGAGAGAUGGGUCUCUAUGUUGAGUGCAGUUAGAGGCAAUUCAUUGAAUAAAAUAAACGGGAAGGACCCUGGCAACAUCCCGUGAAGAUACAGAUCCUGAUGUUCUUGGCUUUACUCUUAGGACCCACUCAGUUCCAGCAGCUCUGUCGCCUAGCAUGGGACUUGACCUUGGAGAGGGACAAGGGAGUGGGAUUUUGCAACUGGUGAGGGCAUUUAGAGUUGGGGGCUGAGGCUUAGGGACCUGGUUUCCGGGCACUGAAUGGGCCCCAUGAAGUUGAUGGCCCGCCCCAGUUCUUAUCCCCAACUCCUCUGGACCCUCUUGGUCUGCAGGGCCGAAGUCCAGCAGUCCGGAAAGUACAAAAUCCGAGGAUUGGACAAUAAGGCCAGUAGAGAUCCCCUGGCUUUUCCCAGUUCUGCAGCCCUCGUUUUUGUGCGGGGGGGCCUGGCCGCUUGCAUUAGAUGUGUUCUGAUGGCACAGGCCGGGAGAAACCACACUGAAAACCAUCGUCUCCUUUCCUUGCAGGGCAACGCGCCCCACGCGUGUGACGUGCGAGAGGCGUGAUGGACGCGCCUUGCUCUUACUGUGCAGGUCCUGUGAGCGUGUGGGCCACUCGGGCCCAGUCGUGUUGAGGACAUAGAAUCAGCCGCUGGAGGGGCUGCCGGCCACGCGCAGGCCCUUCCCGCUCUCGGUCUCACCUUAAGGGCUAAAGGGACCGAGAAAGCCCAUGCUCCAGUAGGUAAUGGGGUGGCGCCCCCAGGGCAGCAGGCGGAGAGACUACCGGCUGCCGCCCAGCGCUGGCUUCCGCAGCGCCGCAGGGAGAUGUCCAGGGGUCCCUCUUGGAAGCCCCCUCAGGCCUCUGCCAAGACAGCAACUGCACCCUCAUGCGCCUAAAGGCGGGUGAUCGGAUGGGGGUUGUCUUGCUGGGCUUUGUAGGCUCCCUCCGUCGCC